AUGAAUAAAAAGAAAAGAAAGUAUUUCACUUUUGUCUCACGUCGUGUUAGGUUUUUUGUUUUCUAUAUGUCAACCGUGACACUCAGUUUUCUCUUCUCUUGUUUCUUCAUAACAACAAUCAACAAUGCCGCGCCUUCUAACGAAGCUCACUUUCUUCACAGUCAAGAAAUCGAUAGCAAGUUCAGCAAAUUCAUGGAAAUUUUAAAAUAUGUCACUUUCUUGAAUGUCUUCUACUGCCUCAUGAUUCUUUAUAUAAUUCUGACAGUUCUUUAUACCAUCAUAUUUUUCAAGAGGUUUAAGAUGAAAAUGCUUAUUAAGUCGAAACUGAAGUCAGUGAAAGUUGAAACACCUGUAAUAAAAACAUGAAGUAGAACGAAUAAAUCUGUGUCAUAAAGUUCAUAAAACCAAA